AUGGAGUCGCCCAAGACCUCGGACGGGCCCGCGGAUCUUGCGCGGGCAGCCACUGUUUGGGAGGAGCCCGUUGAGCUCACGGAGGAAGAUGUGAGUGCGAAAACGCAAGGGUUCGAGCUGCCCGAAGCGGCGAAUUGCAGUGAGCCACAUACUACCCCGUGGAGCCGCGCUGACAGGUUCUCGCAGGACAAGCGCAUCCGGCGGAAAACGGACAAGGUGAUUCUGGCCAUCCUCGUGUGGGUCUAUUUCCUGCAGAUCCUGGACAAAUCGAUCCUGGGGUACGGCGCGGUGUUUGGGCUGCAGGAAGACACGCAGCUGCGCGGCAACCAGUACUCGGUGGUGGGGUCGAUUGCGGCGAUGGCGCAGCUGGCGUGGCAGCCGUUCUCGAUGGUGCUCAUCGUCACGGUGCCGCACCGCGUGCUGAUGCCCAGCCUGGUGCUGUGCUGGGGCGCGGCGCAGGUGGGCAUGGCGGCGUGCCGCAACUACGCGGGCCUGCUGGCGACGCGCUUCCUGCUGGGCCUGUUCGAGGGCGGCUGCCUGCCGCUGUUCAGCAUCAUCACCAGCCAGUGGUAUCGCCGCGCCGAGCAGCCGCUGCGCGUGGCCGCCUGGUACGGCACCAACGGGCUGGCCACCAUCGUCGCGUCGUCGCUGUCGUAUGGGCUGGGCCACAUCCCGUCCGAGACGCUGAAGUCGUGGCAGAUAAUCUUCCUGGUGGUCGGGCUGCUGACCAUGUUGUCGGCGCCGUUUGUGUACUGGAAGCUGGACAACGACAUCGCGUCAGCGCGCUUCCUGACGCCACUCGAGCGGCGGCAAGCGCUGGCGCGGCUACGGACCAACCAGACGGGGACGGGCUCGCGCGAGCUCAAAUGGACGCAGGCGGUGGAGGCGGUGUGCGAGCCCAAGACGUACCUGUGGGUGGCGAUGAGCCUGCUGCUAAACAUCGGCGCGUCGGUGGCCAACGUGUUCGGGCCGCUGAUUCUGCGCGGGCUGGGGUUCGACAAGUACAUCACGACGCUGCUGAACAUGCCGUUCGGGGCGACGCAGGUGGUGGCGAUCCUGGCGUCGUCGUACGCAGCGCAGAAGAUGCGAUUGAAGUCGGCGGUGCUGGUGGCGAUCCUGGUGCCCGUGGUGGGCGGGCUGGCGGUGCUGUACGGGCUGGCGGGCGCGCGGGCGACGACGCGGGCGGCGUCGGUGGGCGGCUACUACCUGCUGGCCUUCCUGUUCGGCGGCAACCCGCUGAUCGUGGCGUGGAUCGUGGGCAACACGGCGGGCACGACGAAGAAGGCGGUGUGCCUGUCGCUGUACAACGCGGGCUCGUCGGCGGGCAACAUCAUCGGCCCGCUGCUGUUCAGCCCCGCCGACGCGCCGGGCUACCGGCCGGGCCUGCGCGCCGUGCUGGCGACGUUCGCCGCGCUGGCGCUGGUGGUGCUGGCGCAGGCGGCCAACCUGCGCGUGCUGAAUGCGCUGCACCGGCGCGCACGCGUGGCGGCAGGCAAGCCAGCGCGAGUGCCCGACCGGUCGAUGCAGGCACGGUACGCGGCGGGCGAGGACGACGGGCGCGACAGCCAGCAGCGCAUCAAGACGGCGUCGCAGGACCUGACGGACCGGCAGAACGAGGACUUUGUGUACAUCUAUUAA